UUCAGGUGUGCAUGUUGGGUAAAGCACUUACCACAUUCAUCACAUUCGUAUGGUUUCUGUCCUGUUUAUAAUUCCUGUCCUGUGUGAAUCCUUAGAUGUGUUGUCAGGGCUCCAGAUUGGGUAAAGCAUUUGCCGCAUUCAUCACAUUUGUAUGGUUCCUGUCCUGAGUGAAUCCUUAGGUGUACUUUCAACUGUCCAGAUUGUUGUAUUAUGUAUGAUUGCGUGACGUUGUAUGACGUCACGGUUUUGAGAUAAUAAAGUCACUUAGCACUUGAACGUCGUACAAUAUGGUGGCAGCCCUGAGGACCCGCUAAAAAUCAGUUUUUAGCAGCCUUAUAUCCAAGUGAACAAGUCAGCGUUUUAUCUGGGACAUUCCGUUGGACAAACCGAAGAAAAACAGGGAAAAAACUGUGGGAGACACUAUCCGUUCGACACUCUGCACAAAAACUUCACCUCAGCGAGUAUAGUUCAAGGGACAACAUACCGCCGACUUCAAUUCACCGAGCUGGAAAGAAACACAAGAACCACAGACAGCUACCACACACUGGAAAGUACAAUCUACGUCUACUUAACAGCUGAGUUGAUUUAUUCAAAGAGUAUUUUCUGUAAAUAAGCUUACAAAGACAAGCUUACCGUUGUCAGAAAUAAACUACGACAAGCCGGCAGAUUCACAUCAAUUCCAACUGUGGGAGGACUUUCAUCUCAAGCGGUAAUGGCUACAUAUCAGAUCCCAGCCCCACCCCCAAUGUCGUUACAGGGAGACGUAGUGGAGAACUGGCGGGACUUCGAAUCCUCAUGGGACUAUUAUACCAUUGCUACCGAUCUAAGGUCGAAAUUGACAUCCCCUCCAGGCAAGGAAAUAGUAGCCGCAACACUUUGCACGGUAAUGGGCCCUGAAAGCAAGAAGAUAAUGAACUCAUUACCCACCCUGACCAACGCCGACAAGAAAGACCCGAAGAGGAUUAUAGAAGAGCUUAAAAAAUACUUUGUACCCCAACGCAACGUGCUGUAUGAACGGUUUGUUUUCAACUCUGCAACACAGAAGCCCUCCGAGUCCGUCGACGAAUAUGUCGUCCGCCUGCGUCAUCUAGCCAACUCUUGUGAGUUCGGUGACUUGAAGGACUCUCUCAUCCGAGAUCGGAUAGUCAUAGGUACUACCGAUGAGAGUGGACGUGAACGCCUUUUGAGGGAACGGCCGGUGCCAAGCCUAGAUAAGCUGGUGGAAAGCCUUCGAGCUGCCGAGAUCUCAAGAACUCACCGACAAGUGAUAAGCGGGAAACCAUACUCGAGCCAGGCAGAAAUCAUUCACCAUACAGAUAAGAGGCAGCCGAACAGAAGAAACAACAAAAGAAAGGGCCGGGGUAACAACGGUGGACAACAAAAAACAAACGGGAACCAAAGAAGGCAAACCCAAGACCGUAGACCACCAACCCCGGGAAGCCAUAACUCCUCCACCUCCUGUCACUGGUGUGGAAAAAAGGCAGACCAUGUCAAGAAAGAUUGUCCUGCUAAGGAUGCAAAGUGCCGUAACUGCGGCAAAACAGGCCACUACGCCGUAGUCUGUCGGUCAAACAAACAAGUGCAUGAAGUAAAUAGAGAAGAGGAAGGAAGCUACCAGGAAGAUUACUAUUUAGACGACUGCUACUUCAUGGGCGAAGUGAGCACCACCAACGAUGAAUUCUGGUCAGCGGAAGUGCUCAUAAACCACAACCCCUGUACCUUGAAACUUGAUAGUGGGUCAAAGGUGACAGUGGUUGGCGACAAGGCACCGUGGUUGGAAAACCGGCGACUGGACAAGGCGACAAGCAUGUUCAGAGGACCCGGUGGAGUGAACUUGUCCCACUUGAUAAAAGGACAGAUAACAGACGCCUUAUUUGCAGUCGGAGGGAGGACACACCGCGAAAAUGUCUACGUCAUGAAGAACCAAUCUAAGAAUCUACUUUCCAAGUCAGCAAUCCAGGCACUCCAGCUGUUAAUACCGUCAGCAGCAGUGCACAAUGUGGAGACCGCCCCUAAUUUCAAGGCAGAAUUCCCCGAGUUAUUCAAAGGGCUGGGCCUUAUGAAGGAUAAGUACAAGAUACCUCUGAAACCGGACGCAGUAUCAGUUUGUCUAUACACACCCCGACGUGUACCACACCCACUUCUCCCUAAGGUCAAAGAGAAGCUACUGGCCAUGGUUCGUCAGAAGGUAAUCUCACCAGUAAGUGAGCCCACAGACUGGUGCUCAGGCAUGGUGAUCGCUCCCAAGCGCAAUGGUGAUGUAAGGAUCUGCGUUGACCUGACACCGCUGAACAAGGCAGUAAAACGAGAGAUCCACCCUAUGGCAAGUGUCGACGAGAACUUGGCAAAGCUUAAGGACAGCAAAAUCUUCACCAAGCUAGACGCCAACUCUGGAUUUUGGCAAAUACCCCUCGACGAGGAGUCUCGGUUGCUCACCACCUUUGUCCCACCAUUUGGCAGGUACUGCUUCAACCGCCUCCCAUUUGGAAUCAGCUCAGCCCCUGAGAUAUUUCAGCGUACCAUGUCUCGAAUCGUAGAGGGCAUCGAUGGCACAGUUUGUCACAUGGAUGACAUCCUCAUACAUGGGCCGACACAGGAGCUUCACGACAGCCGUGUCCGAAAAGUGUUACAGCGGCUCAAGGACGCUGGAGUCAAAUUGAACGAGAAAUGUGAGUUCUCUAAACAGCGCAUGAAGUUUCUCGGGCAUGUAAUCUCGGAGGAUGGGGUAGAAGCAGACCCGGAGAAAAAAGCAAUCCAAGAUUUUCUCCGACCUACCACUGUGACAGAGCUCCAGCGUUUCAAUGGUAUGGUCAACCAGCUGGCCAAAUUUAUACCCGACGUAGCAACCAUCAAUGAGCCCCUACGCCAGCUACUUAAGAAAGAGCAGCAGUGGCUUUGGGAUCAGCCUCAGGAAAGGGCCUUUCAGGCGAUCAAGACGAAACUUACCUCUACAGAUGUGCUGGCACACUACGAUCCAAACAAACGAAGCAUCGUCGCUGCCGUGCAUGCCAGGACGGGCUUGGAGCAGUCUUACUGCAAAGCGACAGCAGCGGUAACCGGCGCCCAAUCGCCUUCGCUUCACGCUCUCUAA